GAAUUCGAAGCAGUUGCGUGGAACCGCCGCGAUCUUCGCCACCUCGGUCGGCCGCUGUCUGGUCGGGUUCAGCUCUAUGGAGACGUUGCCACGUCGACGUAAAAAGAAGCGAAGCCAUGCGACGAUCACGAUGAUGGAUGUGAUUAAAUCUAAUGGCAUGCGCGUCGUCGAAGGGACCAAGCUCAACUUGGUUGCAAAAGGAAUCGACAGUAUUGGGCCAGUCGUGGCAGCGAUUGCCCAAACUACGACGUGUUUGUACUUGAGCCAGAACAACAUAGCGUCACUGGAUGGACUGACACAGUUUACGCGUUUGAAAGUUCUUAGUUUGGGCGGCAACCUUUUGUCUCGCUUUGACGAGUUUGACUUUCUUGCACCUCAACUUCCGUCCCUCCGAACCCUCUUGCUCACUGGAAACCCCCUGUGCGAUGCGCCCAAUUACCGUUUCCGAAUCAUUAGCGCUCUGUCCAUGGUUCACACCCUCGAUGGCACUGACGUGACGCCGAAAGAGCGCGAGAUCGCACCGUUCCUCGUUGCACAGGACGCAAGCCUGCGCCACGUCGUUUAUGACAACCACAUGGAGAUAUCAAGAUUGGAAUGGAUCGUGUUGCUCAUUCCGAUGCACAAGGAGUUCUACCACAUCGUAUUCAAUGCCCAUGGGUCGUCUCUGCGGUGCCACGACCGAAGACCCCAACUCGAGAAGAUGGCUGUCGAUGUCGCAUUGCUGCUUCGCCUGAUGAAGCACGUCGAUUCAGAGACGAAACCAACGCCCGUCGAGCUGUAUCAUCGUCAAGUCGAAAAUCAACUUCAGCGAGUGGUUGUGCGUGCCUAUAGUCAUCUGCAACACCAUCCGCUUCGAAAAGCCAAGCAGCUCCUGCAAAAGUUUGGCAACCAGCGGUUAAAGAACGUCGAGCCACCGCCGCCACCGUCGUGGGAAGACGCUUAUGCAAGCGUCAUCUCCCUCCAGCAAAACACGAUGGCCAAGUUACGCGGCCUUUGCGAGCGCAACCGCCGCGACCUCGUGGAUGCGCUCAAGUCACUCGUCAUUCGAGACCCAGGACAUCGACUGCACAAUGCAAGAUACGAACAUGAGCAACGGCGACAAGACCUCACGUUCGAACGAGAGCAACUCCUCCGGGAAUACCAAAAUCAAUGCGACAGGCAAGCCUUGAAACCCAACGACUGGAAUUCCCAUCCAGGGCUGCCUCCCCAACUUCUCGACCCAGACGACGCCCGACGGCAUUGCCUACCAAAUACGACACCGGUGUCGAGAUUUCCUGCGCACAAUCACUGCCCGACCAAAUCGCCCGACCAACCAAGCCGGUGUACAACAAAUCGUCACGCCCAGCAUUCCCCGCCUCCACCGCCCCCGGCGCCUCUUUCGGGAGAUCUACAACGUGGACGAAGCAAGCGAACACACGAAAAGUUGAUUGCCAAGGUGUUCCAACUCGACGACAACGUGCCGUCCGCUGACGAGUCUGCCGACGCAAUGUCGGUCCCACCGACAUUGCUGCACGUGCCGACUGAAUCGGUGUGCAAGCGGCGGCAGCUUGAAGUGUUGGAGAAGCGACGGACGGACUUGGACAUCAGUCAAGACGAAAAGCGUCGCUUUCGGCGCGAUGAAACAGCUCCACUCGACCACACGCUACGGGAUUUGCACAACACAUUGCACGACCGCUCAGGAAAGGUUACACCAUUUGGCACAACUCACAUCGAAAGUGACGCUUGCCAGCACGUGCAAGCAUGGCCCACAGACUCAACUCUCCCCCACGCGGCUCCAUCGAGGCCACCGAAAGACUUUGGAGCGAUGACUCCAGCAGAUGCACCUGUUCCUUCUUGCAUGGCCCUGAACGCUUCGAAUCAAACCACCACCAUGCAAUGGCCGCAUGCGGACACAAUGGACGUAGAACCUCCCGUCACACCUCGGCCUUCUGCUGCCCAUUUUGAUGCAGCAGCACCGACGGACCACCGAGCGACUGGUGCGACUGUAUCAACUAAAAAUCGAUGCACCACUACACCCCAAUCGGCGACCCGUUCAUCCAACUCACCUCUCGUUGUGAAGAAUCCUCGAGCUCCUAGACCUAAAAGUGUCCCACGUCCAAGGCGUCCUCCUCCACCCUCUACGCUUUGUCUGCUGGCCAGUUCAAGCUUGUGGCGCACAAAGGUCGGGCGGGUCUUCCAUGCGUGGCGACAGUUUGUCGAGGUCCACCAAAAGCUUGACACGCAACAAUUUCAACGCCUUCGCAGGUAUUCGCGCCACGUUUUGGCAUCAUGGCGCCACUAUUGCAAUCAACAGCUCCGUCUUCGGAUAUUUGCCACAUAUCGCGACCAUCGCAGCCUUCUCCGGUGCUUUCACAGAUGGGCGAACGCGAGUCGUUUCCACGCCAUUGCAGCGUUUGCAGUCGCGCGGCGGGACAAAGCCCGGCUCCAGAAGCUCAUGCAAGUGUGGAAACAAUGGACCGAUCAAGCUGCUUCCAUUCGACUGGCACAAGAGCGCGAGCACCACCGGCGGACAUGCCAAAUGCUGCGCCGUGUGAUGGGUGCAUGGCGACGGUGCACCCAUGUCCACCUGCUGCAUCGUAUCCACGAGAGACAGCUGCGCCGAGUGCAUGCCAAGUAUACGCUCCACGUGGUAUUUCAUGGAUGGCGUCGGUGGUUUGACCGGAACGUCCAACCUCGCCAUCAUCUCGAGCUCACAGUCCGCACAACGCGGGUGCGACGCAAUAUCCGCGAGGCAUUUCGCGCAUGGAAGGCUCUGGUCGCGGUGGCGUGUCGAUUCCACAAGCGCACCAGUCUGGUUGCAUGGAGACAGUGGCAGAUGUGGGUCGAACGUCGGCGCCAAAAAGCCCGUGCCACUCGAAGGAUCGACCGGUACAUUGUCAAGAAGGCCAUGAUGCGGUGGGCAAGCCUCACGCGAGCUCAGAAGCACCGCGCCCGCAUGGUCGCCAUCACUCGACGUCAGUGGGUGCACCACAAACUCCGACAAGUGUGGCGGCACUGGACCACGUACAAGUCUAUGCGUCGCAAGUACGUCCAGGGAUGUUUGAAAGCAUUCAAGCACCGUCGCAUCAAGUUGGAGCGACGGGUGUGGCAUGCAUGGGCUACCGCCACUGCGACACACUUGCAUGCUCGGAAAAAGCAGAAGCAAGCGACAUUGGCCGAAGCAUUUCACGGAUUUCGGCGCGCAGUGUGCAAGCAGCACGCCCGGCGCGAUGUCGACCGACGUACGAGCCAUUUGGCAACCCGGCAUGCCCAUCACUGGGUGCAGCAGUGCAUGACACGAUGGAGGGUGUUCGCGCUCCAGCGCCGUAAACCGUACGGCCUCAUGCGCUUUGCUAGCUCCCUACGUAGCCAUGCGCUGCUGGGUCGGCUGUGGACGUGCUGGCGCACUCAAUACACUCAAGUACUUCAAACACGGCUACAAACCGCCGACGCGAAGGCAGCUCAAAACGUAGCAGAACGAAGCCGCGUCAUGGCCGAGAUGCUUCAGCUCAACGACACGACGAUCCAGCUCGCCGAGCAGGUGUCUACUUGGAAGGCCACGUCAAAAGAAAAAGACGAGUCGAUCCGUACGUGGCAGCAGUCCCAUGACAAAAUCGACCAAGCCAACGCGGUGCUUCAGCAACGAGUUGUCGCUCUUCAGCAACGGUUGCAAGACAUGGAACAGGCGCGACUCGAUCAAGAGCGGUUGGACGAAGCAGACAGGACGCAGUAUGCCGAGCACGUCGGUGCUGUCGAAGCGACAAACGAAGGGUUGCGGCGGCAGCUGCGGAACAGCCAGGAUGCAUUACUUCAGACCCAGCAGCAACUUACGCGAGAACGUGAGAAGCAUCAACGACACAACGAUGACAAGAAGAAGCUGCAGCUCCAACUCGACCAAAAAGUUGACGAAAUGGCCAAGCUCCAGCGAUCGUUGCAACGGGUCGAGGACACUCUUGCCGUCGAGCGGGCCGAGCGCCAAGAUGCAGCCGCACGCUGCAAAGACUACGAGAUGCGGCUGGCCGACACGGUCCGAGCCAUACAAGAGCACGAAGCGGACCAAGACAACCAGCUCCGGCAAACGCAUGAUGUCGCACUUGACAUGGAGCGUCGGUGGAAAGAAGCCGAGGCAAAAAAUACCGAGCUGGUCAAACUGCUCGACGAAAAGAACAACUGCGUCGCGGCGUUGACGAGUCAAGUGCAGACGCAUCGGUCGGUCGAGGCGCAUCGCGUGAGCGCGUUGCUUGAAGAAGUGCAAGCAAAUAUACAAAAGAACCAACUCAAGACACAGUGCCAACUCGACCAGCACGUGGUAGAACCCUACGCUCAGGACGACAUGCACGAGCUCAACGCACACACGGCCACGAUCCACGACGACAUCAAGGCGCUGCAGAACCGAAUCAUGCGUCGACUUCAGCAAACUCCUCUCGACACUGUGGCGGCGACAACGCGACAAGGCAUGGUGUCCCACGACGUACCAAAAGGCAAAGCGCGGGGAGGGCUCAAGGCAUCGACGAAACCCCAGGCGAAACCCAAGCCAAAGUAGGCAUGUGGCGAAGGAACCAGCGCCAGCCAAGACUAUUUAUUCCAAAGGAGAGACUACGGGGGUGCAUACUGCAUUUGUCGAAACGAUGGACGAGCUUCGACUACAUUCCAUUCGGAGAGACCCUAAGAUACACGUGACAACCAACGUACUGAUGGCAUGCACGCACCACGGGGGAUGGCCCGCCGUCGUGGUCAGGCAUGUCGUUCGGGUUGUACUCGGGCAAAAUACGUAGGCUGGACGCCAUCGCGACAAGGGGAUGGCCUCCCAUGGCCGCAGACGACUCGGCCAUCAUUUCAUGCAACCUGAAGCAAGGUAAAGUUCAAUUCAACUAGAAAGGUUGGGUACCGUUCGGUGCUCGGCUUGUGUGGCGCGCAGGAACCCAGCGUCGGACACUCAGCGAGCCGAAUCAAAUUGCCCAAACUAUCAACUGGGUCCAACUCGUCCAGCAUCAUGCCCUGCGCAAUGCACAAGUAUGCAACGUUUUGCCACAGCAUGGCCACUCCUCGCGCAAACCCCAUGCUUCCAUCGGGGUAGAGUGUGUGACACCCCGCCCCUUCGCCGCUCUGCUCGCCGAUCGUCGAGAAGGAUCCGUUGAAGAUCAUGGGGUGCGGAUACACCAGAGGGCUCAAGUACUUUGGCAAGAGGAUCAGCAGGUGUAUCAUCCGGCCAAGUGCAGCCGACACGACCUCGGGAGGAAGAUGCUCUGUCGCUUCGUACUGGCCAGACGAUGGCACUGGAAGCUUGACGAUCGUUCGAAAGUACCGCAAACGUGGCGCGGGAAAUAGCUGGAACAACUGGAACAGCUGCAGCACCUUGGUCCGACGCAUAGCCGUAAGGUUCUGCAAAGUACCGUCACGCUGCCAUGCAACAUUUGCUCGAGUGCAUACCUGUUCGUUCCAUCGGAGAACCCGACCCAGGCCUUCCAUAAUGUAGUCUACUCCGUCAUCUGCUUCGCCUGCCGCGGUGGACUGGCCGUGAAGUCUAGUCUUCGCGACGAGGAGUUGUGCUUGCCGCUCGGCAAUGUGGUGCUUCAACUUGGCCAAGGCGAUGCGUUCUGCGGGACUCACGUUGCAUCCACUACAUAUGCGUGUUUCGAUGAAUCAAGGAGUUACCUCUGUCAAGCGCGAUUUGGCACCGCUCCCGUUCUUGCUGUUGGUCUUCCAACGCUUGGAUGUCGAUUUGGUAUGACGACAGGUCCUUACUCUCAAGAGCAUGGGCAGAUUUCUCCCGCAAAACAGCUACAUCUGCCCACAGCGCCAUGAGGAUCGUUCGCUUUUGCUGGACGGUGCUCCCCGCGCAGUUUGCACACAGCAUGUUGAUGCGAUCGGACGACUUGGCGCAUCCGCCGCAUUGCAUCGUCGAUGAAG